AUGAUUCUUCAAAAAUCUAGAUUCAAAUGGUAUAAAUAUGGAGAAAUUAACGGUAAGUAUCUUCAUGUUAUUCUCAAGGCUAGGAGAAGGGUUAAUUUCAUCAGUAGCAUUGAUUCGGGCAGUGGUUUGUUGGAAUCUGUAGGUGAUAUUAAGGAGGAGGUUAGAAGACAUUUUGAGGUCAAGUUUUCUGAACCUGUUAAUUCGUGGGUUGCUAUGGAAGGAGUUCAGAUAAAUUACAUUUCUCACGAGGAUAUCGCCAUCCUUUCAAAGGCGGUGGUUAUGUCUUUCAUCAUUUUGAUACCUAAGAAGUCUAAUCCUACUCUUCUUGAUGAUUUCCGACCUAUUUGUCUAAUUGGAUGUCUCUACAAAUCCAUUUCAAAAUUGCUGGCAGCAAGACUGAAAAGGGUUUUGGAUCCCAUUAUAUCGAUAUUGCAAAGUGCUUUCGUUCUGGGGAAGCACCUGCUAGAUGGUGUUUUAGUUGCCAACAAAGUGGUGGACGUAGCUACUAAGGAAAAGAUGGGUUGCUUGCUCUUUAAGGUGGAUUUUGAAAAGGCGUACGACAAGGUUUGUUGGGACUUCCUCAGACAUAUGUUGAGAAGGUUGGAGUUUGGAGAAGUUUGGAUUAAAUGGAUUGAGGCGUUGGUUUGUUCGAGUUGGAUGUCGGUUCUCGUAAACGGUAGCCCUAUAAAAGAUUUUGUGGUGAGAGGUUUGAGACAAGGGAGCCAUCUAUCCCUGUUUCUCUUUGUUAUCAUUGCGAAAGGCUUGGCUGCCUUGGUCAGGCAGGCUGUUAAUAGAGGUGUAUAUCCCACUUUUAAUAUUGCCGGUAGUUGCAAUGUGGAUAUUAUUCAAUACGCGGAUGAUACUAUUUUAGUUGGCGAUGGGAAUUUGAGUUAG